AUGAGGAGGAGCAAUAGAUAUUCCUUGAACCUGCUUUGGUUGUUGCCACCGUUCUUGGCGUGGACCGUGGUGGCCCUUGACUUUGGACCCUCGCCGUGCACCACUUUGGUAAAGGGCAAGUUUUUUGGAUACUUCUCCUCUUUGGCCGUCUUCCCGUUGAACGCUUCCCAUUGCAAUUGGAUUAUCCAAAACCCCGAUCCUCGGAGAUACACCUUGUACAUGAAAGUUUCGAAGCCCCUGGGUUUUUGCGACCGGCAGCAGAUACGCACCUACCAAUUCGACUCCUUCUUGGAGUCGACGCGGACGUACCUGGGCAUGGAGAGCUUCGAUGACGUGCUGAACCUUUGCGACAGCUCCACCCGCUACGCUUUCCUCCAGUCCAACAAGCAGUUCCUCCAGAUAAAGCAGACUCUUUCCAAAGUGGACAGCGGGUGGGUCAGGUGGAAAUCGGCCAAGGUUCAGGAAAGAGAUUUCUCGGUAGAAUAUCUUGUGGUGGGCAACAGGAGUCCCAGCAAGGCUGCUUGCCAGAUGUUGUGCAAAUGGCUGGAUACUUGCUUGGCCACCAGCAGCAGCUCACAUCCUUGUGGCAUCAUGCAGACACCAUGCUCUUGUUUCAGCGGUGAGGUAUUGGACCAACCCAGCGAGAUCCUUGGCUUAACCAAAAAGCAGGACAAUUGUUUCAAGGAUGGGAUUUACUUGGAGAAUUGCUUGAGCUCUACCAAGGACACCAGCGGGCUGGAUUUCUUGG